CGCAUGCGCAGAGGGCAGAGCCUGUGGCACGGGGUCAGUGGUUCGGUUGCGCGCGAGCGGGCUUGAUUGUUUCCUCGGAUUUUUGAAAACAAAUUGGAAAGAAAGGGCGAGCGGCAGCAGCCUCCGUUCCGCAUGGUGAGAAUGGCGGAUAAAGAGGUUUAUGACGAUGCAGUGGAGGAGCGUGUGAUCAAUGAAGAAUAUAAAAUAUGGAAGAAGAAUACUCCAUUUUUGUAUGACCUAGUUAUGACUCAUGCAUUAGAAUGGCCAAGUCUUACUGUACAGUGGCUACCUGAUGUUACCAGGCCUGAAGGAAAAGAUUACAGUAUUCACCGUUUGGUGUUAGGGACACAUACAUCUGAUGAACAGAACCAUUUAGUUAUUGCAAGUGUCCAGAUCCCCAAUGAUGACGCUCAGUUUGAUGCUUCUCACUAUGAUAGUGAGAAGGGAGAAUUUGGUGGAUUUGGGUCUGUAAGUGGAAAAAUAGAAAUAGAAAUUAAGAUCAAUCAUGAAGGUGAAGUGAAUAGAGCACGUUAUAUGCCACAAAAUCCAUGCAUUAUUGCCACCAAAACUCCAACCUCUGAUGUUCUUGUCUUUGAUUACACCAAACAUCCGUCUAAACCAGAUCCAAGUGGUGAGUGUAAUCCUGACCUGCGGCUACGUGGUCACCAAAAAGAAGGAUAUGGCCUCUCCUGGAACCCAAAUUUAAGUGGACAUCUUCUUAGUGCUUCAGAUGAUCAUACAAUCUGUCUUUGGGACAUUAGCGCAGGUCCAAAAGAAGGAAAGAUAGUUGAUGCGAAAACGAUAUUUACAGGUCACACUGCAGUUGUAGAAGAUGUAUCCUGGCAUUUACUGCAUGAAUCCUUGUUUGGAUCAGUGGCUGAUGACCAGAAACUCAUGAUCUGGGAUACGAGGUCAAAUAAUACUUCAAAGCCAAGCCACUCUGUGGAUGCGCAUACAGCUGAAGUCAACUGCUUGUCUUUCAACCCAUAUAGUGAAUUUAUCCUGGCAACUGGCUCCGCUGACAAGACGGUGGCAUUAUGGGAUCUACGAAAUCUUAAAUUAAAACUUCAUUCCUUUGAAUCACACAAGGAUGAGAUCUUCCAGGUCCAGUGGUCUCCACAUAAUGAAACUAUUCUUGCUUCCAGUGGUACAGAUCGUCGUCUCAAUGUUUGGGAUUUAAGCAAAAUUGGUGAGGAGCAAUCAGCAGAAGAUGCAGAAGAUGGACCUCCGGAACUACUGUUUAUUCAUGGAGGCCACACUGCAAAGAUCUCCGAUUUCUCCUGGAAUCCAAAUGAACCAUGGGUAAUCUGUUCUGUUUCAGAAGAUAAUAUUAUGCAAGUUUGGCAGAUGGCUGAGAAUAUUUACAACGAUGAGGAACCUGACACACCAGCCUCUGAAUUAGAGAGUCAAGGAUCAUAAGCCUAGAUUGGCCAACUAUUUUUAAAGAGGUCUGGGAGGAGAAAAAUAGACUGAUCAUCUUAAUACAAGUUUUCCAAAUGGUCCUUUCAAGUCAAGUGCUGGGGCUUGUGUAUAUAAAAAGCACUUGCGGAAAUUCUGGCGUGCAAUUCCUGCAAUUAUCAGUGUGUCGUACAGAAAUUUUGGAAGUGUUUUGAGAAUGCAAAGCCUGAUUUAUGCAUAGUACGUGAUUGUAUUUCAUCGCAUGUAUAAAAGCUUAAUAGCUACUUGAAGUC